UUUAUUUUACAGAACAAUCUGGGGUACGAGUACAUUAUUGAAAAAGUAUAUAUUUAAAAAGUUGACACUGCGUAUAUGUAUAUUCUAUAAAUGAUUUGUUCAGUUCCCUGGGGAAAAUAACAGCAGCAGCAGCCCCUCUCUCUCUCUCUUAUCGCUUUAUGGAACUUCCAAUUUUUUUCUGAUACCAAGAAUUUACAUCUGUAACUCGUUGUUCUCUGGAACGAAAAAUAUAUUUGAAAAAUAAGGUAAAGGAAGAUAGGAUUAAAACAGGUCGUGGACGCAACCAUGUUUCUCAUAGUUCACUGUUAGUUGGACAAUUGUUAAACUGAGGGAGUUGAACCAACGUAGUAGUCGUCUUCGUUGUCCUCAGUGCGUAGAUUCGCGAGAGUCGGUUUAAAUUAGCGAGUCUAGACGCUUCGGAAAUACCACGUGCACCACGUCACUCCCCAUAACAACGCGUCGUCUUUUCAAUUCUAACGUGUUCGAUGCUGCUUCUCCCUCUUGAUCUGUUGUUUGUGCUCCUUGCACAAAAUGAAAGUUCUAGUACCUUAUGAAAGAAAGAAACACCGUGUGUUGUUUGCCUCCGGCAAAAUUCUAUCUCGAGCUCCAAGUAUUUAGAAUCGAUUGCAGAAAAAAAGCAAUCGAACGCGACUAUCGAUCGUUGUUUUCUACGAUAGUAUCCUUCGUUCGUUAUAACUCUGAUUAAUUCAGAUGUUUUUCAGGGGGAAUUCAUUUGUUUUCUUUUUUAUGUGUGCUUUUUAGCUAGAGGAGAAUCAUAAAAAUUCAAUAAAGGCAAGAAGGAUGUUUCCUUUCGAUCUCAGUGUACUUUUAAUCUAAUUGAGAAAUUUCGAAUAAUUUAGAUAAAGUUAAGAAAUUUAGUUAGGAUGUUAUUUUACCAAAGUGAAAAUGUGUGAAUAUCGAAAGAAAUGAAUGCACCCUUGCGGGUAAGGGGAGAGGAUAAAAGUUACGACGAAUAGAGUUGUCUUCCCCACCAUUUAAACACGGGCCGACGGAGCAUCGGCCCGUGGUCGUUAACGUGGACAAGUGGCGCCUCGUGGCGCUGCGAUCGCAAGCUCGCCCUCAGUGUUCUCGAGUCUUGCUCGGUGUGUGUUUCGUGGUAUGCUCGUGUCCUUGUCGUCGUCUUUUUCUCCUCCUCCUCCUCUUUCUCCUCCUCCUCCUUUUCCUCCUCUUCCUCUUCCUCCUUCUCCUCCUCAUCUUAAUCAUCUUUAUCAUCAUCGUAAUAAUCGUAAUCAUAAUAAUAAUAAUAAUAAUCAUCAUCAUCGUCAUCAUCAUCAUUUUCUUCCUACUCCUCCAUCGGUGACUCCUUACUUCUCGCAUCCCAUCUCUCUGUCUCGCUUACUCUAUCUGUCCAUCCAUCUGUACGUCUCCCACCUUGCCCGUUUCUUCUCUUCCAUGCUCGCUUACGCCACCGUCGUGGUCGUGGUCGUGGUUGUCUUUCUACUCUCAGCACUACUACAACGUUUGUUUGUACGCCACGUCCCGUGCGCUUGCAAUUAAUUCCGUCGGGGAUCCGUCCAGGCAACGCGAGACGUCAGAACUUGUCCGGUGUGCAUCAUCAUCGACGAGAGGAAACGAAUCAUCCUCUUUUUCGGAUUUGCAACAAGUACGUUACAAAAACGUACUUUCCGCAAACAGGAAUAAAGAAAGAAAAUAAUGGAUGAUGGACUCUCUCUUCUUUGUGCCUCUCGUGCGUGUUUGUGUCAUGAUGUUAUAUGUGCCAAAAAUGUAGUGUCUGUUGCUGCUGUUUUGUGAAGUAGCAAAAAAGUGUGUUUGGGUGGGUGCGUGCGUGCGUGAGUGAGUUCGUUCAUUGGACUCUUGCUUCGUCCGUCGUCGGCAUUGUCGUCGUCGUCGUUGUCGUCGUCGCGGUCUUUGUAAUAAAUAGUAUUUGUAUAGUAAUAGUAAUAGUAGUCGCGGCUUCGCCCAAAAAACAAAUCGACCAUGAAAUUCUGCCCUCCAUCUCUGUGCCUGCUACAUUUUUCCUCGAUAUAAACAAAAUCCGUCGAUUUUUUAUUAUUAUUACUAUGACUGCUACUAUUUAUUAAUACUGCAACUACUUCUACCACCUAUCACAAAGAAAAAGUUUGACUCGGCGUAGCGCGUGUUUAACGUCGUGUUACGUCCUCGUAAUAUCGUAUAAUCGUGGAGAGGGGCUAGGAGAGGAGAGGAGAGGACAAAAGGCGUGGGAGCAAAGGUUCUUUGCGUCUCUCUUCGAGCAUUGUAAUAUACGAAUAAAAGAUAAUCUUUGUGUUGUUGUGUUGUGUAGUGUUGUGCACAAUGCAAACUAUUAUUCAUACAACGAUGAGGAUGACGAUGACGAUAAUGAUGAUGAUAACGACUGAAACGGCGACACCUUGGCCGGCCGGCGUUAGUGGUGUCGAUUAAGAAAAUUUUUCUCUUUCCUACUACGUAGAAAAACGUGAAACGUGUAGUAUUUGGAGAAUAGUGUUAGGGAAAGUGUAAGAAAGAUCGUCGAUAAAACAACUUCAUCAAACAGAGAACAAAACGAAGAAAUAAUCAGCUUUUUUAUCCCAUUAGUUAAAUUUGUCUAAAAUUUGUAAGGACACUGUAUAGGGGGAAAAAUAGUAAUAAAGGUAAAAACGACGACUACGACAACAACAACGACAGGAAAAAAGCUGAUUUUCGAGCAACUUCCGUCGCGGAAGUUGGUGAAGUUUUCAGUGAAAGACAAAAGGGAAAGAGAAGGAGGACCCGGGAAAAGGGAUAUCGAAAGGGAAGGAAUAAAUAAUUGUAGUAGCGGCAAGAAGAAGAAGGAGGUGGUGGAGGAGGGUGAGGAGGAGGAGGAGGAGGAGGAUUUUUCGUUUGAUAGUUUGAAUAAUCGAGCCGUGGAGUCGCAAGACAGCAAGAGAAAGGCGCGACGCGAGCCGACCACUCGAGCAGCCGUGCGUCAGGAUGUUCCCUGUGCUAUCGAAAAGGGCCAUCCGGUAGCUCCGUUGCCGGCUCUCGUCGCGAUCCUCAGACCCUGGAGGAGAAAGAAUCGCCGAGGACAACGUUCGAAGGAACGAUUGGGAAGGGAAAUGUCGGUCAGGGUUAGCGGAGUUUAUUUGGUGCCAACUUCGGCUACUAAUGCUAACAACGAGUCCAAUAACGAGAGGAGUAACAAUAAUCUUGUUCCUUCUCACGAAAGUAAUUUUCAACAAGCUCAACAGCAUCAGCAGCACCAGCAACAGCAUCAUCAUCAUCAUCAUGAUCAUCAACAGUUGCAGCAACAACGGCAUCAACAACAGCAACAGCAUAGACAGCAGCAACAACAACAACAGUAUCACCCUACCAAGACCGUAACCAUCGCCCCUACACCUCAACGGAGCAAUAGCCUAGAUUAUUUAAACUUCGAAGAGAAACGACAAAUCAUCGCGUCUUCCUUAUCCCUAAGCGAUUUUCUGGCUCACGGGCCUGCUGCUGCAGCAGCGGCCGCGGCCAAGGAGGUUGCUGCGAAUACCGUCAUUGCUAAGAAACAAAAUGGCACUGCCCUUCGAACGAACAGCCUGGGAUCGGGUGCGAGAACGCCUCCCCUCGAAAGGAAAAGCAAAUUCUCGGCCCUCGGUAGACUUUUUAAACCUUGGAAAUGGAAGCGGAAAAAGAAAUCGGACAAAUUCGAGGCCGCUUCUUUGUCCCUCGAAAGAAAAAUCUCCGUACGGGCUAGUAGAGACGAAUUGGUGCAAAAAGGAAUCUUAUUACCAGUUAUAAGAUCUACGUCGUUUCCGGAAAAUGAAACGAUAGGUGACUUGACGGAUACGCAAAAACCGCCUAGUCCUCAAUUAACGCCUCAACAACAACAGCAAUCGCAACAACAAUCGCAACAGCAACAACAACAGCAACAGCAGCAAUCGCAACAGCAAUCGCAACAACAGCAGCAGCAUCAGUCGCAACAAACGCAAUCGCAACAACAACAGCAACAACAGCAGUUGCAGCAACAACAACAACAACAACUGCAGCAACAGCAGCAGCAGCAAGUACAAUCCGUAAACAUAAGUAACGGAGCUGGAAACACUUCUGUGCCAACGUCAACGUCAACCGUUAGCUUACAACAAUCACAACAAGUAGCAUCGAGUACACCGACCCCAACGACUGCCAAUUCACAUUCUAGUGGGUCGUCCAAUAAUUCGUCUCCUCAUCCUCCACCUCAUUAUCCAGGAAUACCUUCAUCACAGGGAGGACAGACGAACGGAAAUACUCAAGAGCCGAAGAAGGAAAAGACUGAACAGAGUGCAAAUGGCGCAGUUUCGGCAAGUGCCGAGACUCAGGUCAAUCAGAGCACGACUACGGGCGUUGGGGUGCCGAUUUCAGGCACGACCACGAAUACAGGGGGGGAUCAACAAAAGCCGAAUAGGCCGAACACCCUUGAUGCCAGGGUUGUAGCCAGGAGGCUGAUCUUGUUCGACAUGGAAAAGGGUGUUCUCGAUCAAAGCGCCGAAAAUCAACAGCAGGUAAUAGAAAGGUGCUAUCCUUUACCACCUCAAAAUACUUUGAUGUUGUCGGAGCUUCCGGAACCUCCAAUUCCUUUGAGCGAAAUAGGACCGAUUCCACCACCGCCGAUGUUCAGCUCGCCGAGUCCCACGAUGGUUACGAGGCAGCGGCAACAGCAAAUCCCGUUAUCGGAUUGCGAAGACGAAGUGUACGUGUCCUUCGUAGAUGACGAAGACAUCGACGUGGAGGAGGAGGACGAUAAUCUUUACGUCUUUAGGGUGUCUCAACCAGAUCCGGCUAUCGAUACAUCUAGGAUCGAAGAAAUACCAGCUAAAGAGCCUAAAUUCCAUGCGAUGCCAUUGAAAAGUGCACUGAAGAAAAAGGGAUCCGGCAGUGGUCCUGGAACGCCGCAAAAUACGCCAACGCAGGAGAACAGGCCAUUGACUCUUCGUCAAGAACUCCAUGCUUCGUUCAAAAGGCCACCGUUGAGGCCAAGGAUGAGAAUAUGCAGUCGACCAGUCAGAUUUGGACUAGCUCUACCAUGCACCUUGGAAAAUAAGGAAAAUGCAAGGCCUUACGUGAUUCGAGAAGACGUCGAUGGUGAUGGCAGCGAUGGACAGGUCCUUUACAGGGAGGAUUACGAUGAUGAGAAAACUCGACUGGCAGCUAAGAUUGCACGCAAAGAAUCACUUUCGUUGAAAUUAGCCCUCAGACCUGAUAGACAGGAACUUAUCAACAGAAAUAUUCUUCAAUUGCAAACGGACAAUGAGAGGCAGGAAACGAAGGAGGCUAUUGGUGCUCGGCUUAUCAGGCGGCUGAGUAUGCGUCCUACCCAAGAGGAAUUGGAAGAACGAAACAUUUUAAAAAAACAAAGUCCUGCCGAGGAGAAGAAGCAGAAAGAAGAGAAAAAACGUUAUCUUUUAAGAAAGCUAAGCUUUCGACCAACCGUUGAAGAACUUAAGGAAAAGAAGAUCAUUAGAUUCAACGAUUACAUCGAGGUUACACAAGCUCACGAUUACGAUAGAAGAGCCGAUAAACCAUGGACACGAUUGACUCCUAAGGAUAAAGCAGCUAUUCGGAAAGAAUUAAAUGAAUUUAAGAGUUCCGAAAUGGCCGUUCACGAAGACAGUCGACAUCUUACCAGGUUUCAUAGGCCAUGACAAUUGCAAUGUGUAAAGGUGCUACAGUGUGGUGCAGGUGUAAUUGGUGAAAGUGCAGUGUGGUUGGCUCGUGUUGAAGCUGGAUAAAUCUGGUUUUGCGUCUACCGUAAUGAAAUAACGGGGAGUACACGAUAUUCGAUUAGUGGGUCGAAGAAAAAGGAAGGAAAAUACUUUGACGUUGCAAAUCGUGAUUUUGGUUAAUCGGUCAUUUGCGCAUAGUUUAUCUAUUAUCCGUAAUCAUCAUCAUCGUCAUUGUCAUCGUCGUCGUCGUCGUUGCCAUCGUUAUUAUCAUGAUUUUCAUAUAUAAAUCGACGUUGUUCUCAUCGUCAUCCGGUGAUUCAUGACCAGCAACGUCAACUAUACUACUUGUUUCAGCGUUCUAGCAACGCCAAUGAAGAUUGUGAUAGGGUGAUUUGCCUAGUUUUAAAGAAAAAUAAUUCAUGGUAGAUUACUCGUCGAAAUAUUACAUGCUUUCCGAAGGGAACGUUCGCAUCUACGCUCACAGUUAUAUCAUUUUUUCAGAUUUUUCUUUUUUUUUCUUUUCUUUUCUUUUCUUUUCUUUUCUUUUAUUUUAUU